AUGAAUUCUUCAUGGAUGGACCAUUUUUCUGGGUACCAUCUGUUCUCAUCCCACAAGCAGAUCAUGGAUCAAGCUGAUGAUCAGAACCUAGAUUUCUACAUUUCUGGUGAUGAGGAGAAUGUCCAAUACUUAUGGGAUACGAAUACCAGUUCAUCUAGCGAGGUUGACAGCACUGAAAUCAUAUUUAGCCUUCAAACACAGCCUGAGAAACUUGAAGAGAAGCAUUAUAUAGGUGUGCGCAAGCGGCCAUGGGGGAAAUAUGCAGCUGAAAUAAGGGAUUCUACAAGAAAUGGAUUAAGGGUUUGGCUUGGAACUUUUGAUUCUGCAGAGGAGGCCGCUUUGGCUUAUGAUCAAGCUGCACUAGCAAUGCGCGGUCCAGCAACAGCCCUCAACUUCCCGAUCGACAGAGUCCAAGAAUCAUUGCAGGAAAUGGUGUGGAUGUAUGAAGACGGAUCAUCUCCAGUCGCAGCCCUGAAAGAAGCGCACAGGAUGAAGAAUCAGUCCAAACGUAGAGGAAAAGCAAAACAGGAUAAGCAAAACGACGUGUUGGUUCUUGAGGACUUGGGAACUGAUCUGUUAGAUGAGCUUUUAUCUGAAACUUGUUAUCCUUGA